AUGUCGAAACAAACAGAACAACCCAGUGAGAACAAACUUUGGGGUGGUAGAUUCACCGGAGCUACUGAUCCAUUGAUGGAUUUGUAUAAUGCAAGCUUGCCUUAUGAUAAGAUUAUGUACGAUGCUGAUCUCACGGGUACAAAGGUGUACACCCAGGGACUAAAUAAACUAGGAUUGAUCACAGAUGAUGAGUUGGCUAAGAUCCAUGACGGAUUAGAAGUGAUUCGCCAAGAAUGGAAAAACGAUAAAUUUGUCGAGAAACCGGGAGACGAGGACAUCCACACUGCAAAUGAGAGAAGAUUGGGAGAGCUCAUUGGCAAAAACAUUGCGGGUAAAGUGCACACAGGAAGAUCCAGAAAUGACCAAGUUGCAACCGAUAUGAGGAUUUUUGUACGUGAGUCAUUGAAAGCAUUGAGUUUGAAAUUGAAGGUUUUCAUUGAAACGAUUUUGACCAGAUCCGAAAAUGAAAUAGAUGUCUUGAUGCCGGGCUACACUCAUUUGCAGAGGGCUCAGCCCAUUAGAUGGGCCCAUUGGUUGAGCUCCUAUGCCACUUACUUUACCGAGGACUACAAAAGAUUGCAGCAGAUCAUUGAGCGUGUUAACCAGUCUCCAUUGGGCUCUGGUGCUUUGGCUGGCCACCCAUACGGCAUCGAUCGUUCCCUCUUGGCUUCAGGAUUGGGGUUUGAUGGAGUUAUUGGUAACUCUUUAACCGCUGUUAGUGACCGUGACUUUGUUGUUGAGACUUUGUUUUGGGGUACUUUGUUCAUGAAUCACAUUUCACGUUUUGCCGAAGAUUUGAUCAUAUACUCUAGUGCGGAAUUUGGGUUUAUAAAGUUGGCCGAUGCUUAUUCAACUGGGUCUUCGUUGAUGCCUCAGAAAAAGAAUCCAGAUUCGUUGGAGUUGUUGCGUGGUAAAAGCGGAAGGAUAUUUGGUGAAUUAUCUGGAUUUUUGAUGUCAAUCAAAUCGAUCCCUUCGACAUACAACAAGGAUAUGCAAGAGGAUAAAGAACCAUUGUUUGAUGCCUUGACUACAGUUGAACACUCGAUAUUGAUCGCCACCGGCGUCAUCAGUACAUUAAAGAUUAACAAAGCAAAAAUGGAAGGAGCCUUGACCAUGGACAUGUUGGCUACUGACCUUGCUGAUUACUUGGUGAGAAAGGGAGUUCCGUUCAGGGAGACCCACCACAUCUCGGGUGAAUGUGUUAGAAAAGCUGAAGAUGAGAACUUGUCUGGAAUUGAUAAAUUGACUUUUGAGCAGUUGAAGGAAAUUGAUGACCGAUUUGAAAAGGAUGUUAUGGAUACAUUUGAUUUUGAGGUUAGUGUUGAGAGAAGAGACGCCAUUGGAGGUACCGCGAAGUCAGCUGUCUUGACUCAAUUGAAAAAUUUAAAGUCUCAGUUAAAUUAA